AUGGGUCUGUUUGACCGCGGAGUUCAGAUGCUAUUGACCACGGUCGGCGCAUUUGCCGCCUUCAGUCUCAUGACCAUCGCGGUUGGCACGGACUACUGGCUGUACUCGCGCGGCACGUGCAAGUCAAAGUCGGUCAGCGAUAACGAGACCAGCAAGAAGAACGAAGAGGUGAUGACCCAUUCGGGAUUGUGGAGGACGUGUUGCUUAGAAGGGAACUUUAAAGGGAUGUGUAAACAGAUAGAUCACUUUCCUGAGGACACGGACUAUGAAGCGGACCCCUCUGAGUACUUCUUACGUGCGGUGCGAGCUUCCAGCAUCUUCCCCAUCCUCAGUGUCAUCCUGCUCUUCAUGGGAGGCCUGUGUAUAGCUGCCAGCGAGUUCUACAAGUCACGCCACAACAUCAUCCUCAGCGCAGGGAUCUUCUUUGUGUCUGCAGGCCUGAGUAACAUCAUCGGCAUCAUCGUCUACAUAUCAGCCAACGCGGGCGACCCGUCCAAGUCGGACUCGAAGAAGAACAGUUAUUCUUAUGGCUGGUCCUUCUACUUCGGCGCCCUCUCCUUCAUCAUGGCCGAGAUGGUGGGCGUGCUCGCAGUGCACAUGUUCAUCGACCGCCACCGGCAGCUCCGGGCAGGGGCCAGGGCUGCCGGCUACCUCCAGGCCUCGGCCAUCACACGCAUCCCAUCCUACCGUUACCGCUACCGGCGCCGCUCGCGCUCCUCCUCCCGGUCCACAGACCCCUCGCACUCCCGCGACACCUCGCCUGUGGGCCUCAAGGGCUUCAGCGCGCUGCCCUCUACAGAGAUCUCCAUGUACACGCUGCCCUCUACAGAGAUCUCCAUGUACACGCUGCCCCGGGACACCCUGAAGGCCGGGGGCACGCCGACCGCCACCUACAACUCGGAGAGGGACCAUACUUUCCUGCAGGUCCACAACUGUAUUCAGAAGGAUAAAGACUCGGCCAACACCAACACAGCCAACCGCCGCACCACGCCCGUAUGA